GCAAUAGAAUUUAUGACAUCCAUAAUUGGAGAAGUAUUUUCCUCCAAGCCACUAAACCCCACAUUUCUAGAACAUCUCGCUAUUUUUCUUCCUAAAACCCUAUCAACUCCUCUUUGAAGAAACUGAUCAUCUCGCAUCAAGAAGGCCCCAAAAUCUUAUUUUUUCUGCUUCGUCAUGGUGGUCAGCAGAAUCGCGUCCCGGAUUUCUAAGUCCGCACUGGCUCAGUGCCGCGACUCGUUGAUCAUAUAUGCGCGGCAACAGAAACAGCAGACCCCAACCCUUUCAAAUCGAUUCCAUUCUAUAUGUUAUUCUCAACAAACGAUUGUUCCUGGUCAUGUCCCUCUUAUGUGUGCAUCAGCACUUAACAGUUCUCGUUCUCAAUGGUUUGGAAUGUCAUCAUCGGCAUCUAUGGAAUCCAAUGAAAAAGAGACGGCCCAGGCAAGCAAUGAACAAGAAAACAAAGCCGAACAUGGUUCUAACACAAGUCUGAAUACGGAUGCCGAAUCUUGUGAUGAAACCAACAAAUCAGAUAUGGAAGACCUUUCUAGGGAUGACUUGGUUAAACUAAUGCUGGAGAUGGAAGAAAAACUAAAGGGGAAACAGAAAGAAGUUGAACAGAUGAAGGACAAGGUUCUUCGCAGUUAUGCUGAUAUGGAGAACACAAUGGAUAGAAAUAGGCGUCAAACUGAGAACUCAAAGAAGUUUGCAAUUCAGAACUUUGCAAAAAGCCUGCUAGAUGUUGCAGACAAUUUGAGCAGGGCUUCGUCAGUUGUAAAAGAAAGAUAUUCACAAAUAGAUGUUUCUAGUGACGCUACUGGUUCUGCACAACUUCUGAAAACACUACUGGAAGGUGUUGAAAUGACUGAGAAGCAACUGGCGGAGGUAUUCAAGAAGUUUGGGGUUGAAAAAUAUGAUCCUGUGGAUGAAGAGUUUGAUCCAAAUAAGCACAAUGCUGUAUUCCAAGUUCCAGAUCCUUCAAAGAAGCCAGGCACUGUUGCAGUUGUCCUUAAGUCGGGGUACACUUUACAUGAACGAAUCAUUAGACCGGCAGAAGUAGGGGUGGCACUGGCAUUGGAGAAUGAAGCAGCAGACAAGGGAUCUGAAUCUUAAAUGAGUGGCUAUAGAGUUUGAGGACUUUCAUCAAGAUUUUCCUUGGUUUUACAAAGCAUUCAAGGAUUGCCUAGAACUGAAACUCUAGACAUCCCACCCCAUUCCCAUUCCCAUUCCCAUUCCCUUGACUUUUCAUUGCUUUUGAAGAGAGCUACUUGUUUCUGUCUUCCGUAAUCUCUAAUUGUUAUGGCAGACGUGUUUAAUUUUAAUAUAUCUUAUUUAAUGAUACUUUCCUAGAAGGAUAUAUUUCAGUCUGAUAGAUUUAGGUUUUUUUUUGGAUUUGUGGUAUAAAUCUACUGGGGGUCUUAUGAUUUGUUGUUUUGUACUCAUAACAGUUCAAUUUAUAAUAUCAACCGUUCCUUCUGUCCGGAUUUCGGAAUAGUACGGAUUGAUAAACAUGUCAAUUGAUACUGUUUUAACUUUUUAGGGUCAA